AUGGAGGGUAUUCUAUACAAAUGGACUAAUUACAUGACAGGUGAGCCGUGUUUCUAUCCGUCUCAUUGUCUUUUAGCUUGUCAAGCUUACUGACUAUUCGUAGACAUUGACACUUAUUGCCGAGUUAUGUUGUUAGCUGUUGGAAAUCCUUCAUUAACUACCGAAUAUAACCGAGUUAGCUGCGGCUAUCAACUAAUGGAAGAUAGACAUGACAUGUCGGCCGUAUGGACGCUGUAUUCUUAUAGUUAUUUUGGUUAUUCGGGCUAAUCAUUGAUUUACAAUUUUCAUAAUCAAAAGCUCAAAUGUGUCAUCAGCAUUAGAUAUUCAUAGCAUCCUGUUACAGUCUUUACAACUUACACUGAGCAGCAACAAUAUAAGACAAUUUGAUAUAAACCAACCCAAAAGCUGUACCAUAAAUCCUACUUCCAGGAAGCUUCUGCAUCCUCAGUGUUUGUUGACAUCUUCACAAAGGUGAUAAUUAAUCUUUAACCAGCUUUUGAUGUUGUAGGUGUUGGUGGUGUGCAUUGAACUCCACUCAUAUUUGUUAAAUAUCAAUGAUAAACUUUUCACUUGCCUGAUCAUGCCAACAAAACUUAAACAUGUAGAAACUUAAUAAAAGUCAAAUCUAUACUAGAGCUGUUGUAUUGAAAUGCAUGCCCAGGUGUUCAUCACAUCAUGGUUUAUUUGUGUACUUAACAUGUAGUUUGCUUUGACAAAGGCAUUCAGUUGUGUGUUCUGAUGAAGUAGUAUUCAUAGUAACACAAAUAUAGAACCACAUCCUGUAACACGUGAAAAGAGGCGCAUAGUCUAGGUAUUAUUGUGGCAUUUGACCUUAAUAAUUGUAAGACAACAUGUCUAUAAAUAAUAGUGGUGGAGGACAAAACACUCUGCUGAAGCCUAUUACCAUAACCUGCUCUCCCCGAGUCAUCUGUGUAUGAGAUGAGAGUCAUGUGAACAGGCUGAAAUGGAUCAGGUGGAAAUUCCCCUACUUUUUUACUGCACAAUGAAGAAACCAUUUAUCAUGUCAACUAUAGAGCUAAAAUGCCAGCAAGGUUUAUGGUGGUUAUGUAGCAUCAGAGCUUAUGUAGCAUAGUAAAAAACAUCCACAUUUUAUGAGCAAUAAAGAGGAUGUUUUGCAAAAGUAUAUGAGUUACUAACAAAGUUUGCUUGGGAUUAAUGUGACAGUGUUGAGUUUUUCUUUAAAUAUAAUCAAAAAUUGUACAAGCUGCAAAUUUUAACUGAUAAAAUGAGUGAGAAUACAGCAUAAAAAUGAAGUCCUGUAGAUCUGGGGAUGCUCUGGCCUUGUUGGCCUGUUGUUCUCCACAUUUAAGAAAGCAGUACAGAUGAGAAUAAAUUUAUCAUCAUGAUAUUCUUCUUUUUAGUUAAAAUACAAUUGAAUGACAUGUACAGAAAUAGUGUCAUAUAUUGAUCUUUAUACCUUUGUAAUUUCAAAAAUAUCAAUCCUUAAUAUUCACAGGAAAUGCCAAGCAGUGUUUAAUAGUGGUUUGAUAGUUGAGGCUUGAAUUUGAGUGAAUAUUCAAUUGAAAUAGUAAGGUAUUUGUUAACUUGCUAUUCAUCUACAUUGGAAAAUCUAGAUACAAGAUUUAAAUUCCUUUAAAUAAAGUCUAAUUCUAAAGCCUCUCAAUUGUGACUUUAAGUUUAUUUCCACUCAUUUCUGUGACAAUAAUAUUGAAGUGUUGGACUGUAAAAUAACAGGUUUGUACACUUCACCUAUUGUGAAAGGUUACACAGGUAUUGUAGACAUGCAUUGUUCUUGAGCACCUUAAAACUCCACCCAAACACCAAAGAAAAUAUUGCUGAAGUUUUAAGUUUAGCUUUUGUCCUCAGGUUGGCAGCCACGCUGGUUCGUCUUAGAGAAUGGAGUCAUCUCAUACUAUGACAGCGAGGAUGAUGUCGGUAAAGGAAGUAAAGGAUCCAUCAAGAUGUCUGUGUGUGAUAUCAAAGGUUGGACAGCAGUUUUAAAUGCCUCAUGUGCCCUUAUUUGUGGUCCAUGCUAUUUUUCUAUACUCUGUCACUUAACCCUUUAAACAUUUAAAUUUUGCAGUCCAUCCAACGGAUCCAACUCGUUUGGAGUUGAUCAUCCCUGGAGAACAGCAUUUCUAUGUCCGAGCUGUGAACGCUGCAGAGAGACAGAGGUGGCUGGUGGCUUUGGGCUCGUCCAAAGCUGGAACAUUAGAAAGCCACAAACACAAAGGUACACCAAGUUUUUUUCGUUUUUUUCCAUAUAUCUGUCUGCCCACCGCACAUGCACUUUUUGACAGAGCUCAGUAUGUGAGAAUGUCAUUUUUUUUAAACUAUAAACAUAAAACAAAACUAUAAGUUGACCAAAAAAAGUAGUUUUAGCUCAAGCAGCCAAGGAAUUGUAAAAAUGAUCAGCUGUUGGAUGCUGUUUUGUUUGUGUUUCUGAAUCAUCACAGAUGAAAAACUACAUUUACCUCAUUUGAGCAUUUUAGAUAUUUGAGCUGUGUGUGUGUGUGUGUGUGUGUGUGUGUGUGUGUGUGUGUGUGUUUGUGUGUGUGUGUGUUUGUGUGUGUGUGUGUGUGUUUGUGUGUGUGUUUGUGUCACCAGGUCCUGACUGCCUUAAGACGAAGAUGUCUGAACUUCGCCUGUACUGUGAUCUCCUCGUCCAGCAGGUCCAAACCAUCCAAUUACAACACACUGCAGACAUAGAGGCCCCGCCCACCUCAGAGGUAUCAGUCUUCUUGUUUUUAUUUCAAUUUUUUUUUUUCAUAUUUUCUUUUUCUUACACAAAGAUGAACACGUGAAUUAAGGAUUUUUUAAUGUAUGCCACUUUUUGGUCUGUGUCGUUUCAGCAGUGAAAGAACAGUCAGAUACUGCUCAGGUUUUAGUCAGAUCUAAUUCCUUUUUUUUUUUUAAAUCUGAAUAGUAUUUGUUUCAGUAAACAGGAUUAGAAAUAGACUAUCAGCUCUGAGGACCUAACCUCCCUCAAUAAACAGCCAGAGUUCUCACAUAUUUAAUGUUAAACACAGGUAGUUAGACAUGUGUUUGUUAUGCAGUUGCAGAUAAUUACUCUCUAUAUCUUUAGGCCUCUCUGCUCAGUGCGACCUGUGCAACCUUCAUCAGGACACUGGAAGAGUGUAUGAGCCUGGCUAACCAGAGUUUGACUCCUGACCUCCGCCCUCCUGAAAGGGUAACAACACUUCUUCCAGCAAAUUCAGAAAAUAUUAAAGGGCUAUUCUGGCGUAGAAUUAAUUUAUGGUCAAACACACCGUAACACCAAGUUAGACACCCCCUCGAGUGAUGAAUGUUGCCGACCGCUUGCUUCUGAAGUUAUACCAAAUUUAGGAAUGACCACACAAUAGCAAUACACAGCGGUCUGAGGAGCCAUAAACAAACCUCAACCAAAAAGCCACUCUAUAGCCACAAAUAAUGCUCAGAACAGCACCUAACUUCAUCAACAGUACAUAUAGAGUCCCAGCCAUAGUACUAGCCAUCAAACAUCCUUUUAACUUUGUCUAAUUUCUUUAGCAAAGAGACUAAACACAACUCACCUACUCUCUUCCAGCAGCCGCUUGUUUGUAGCGAGACCUGAGGCCAGUCCAUUACGGACUGCAGCGGGGUGACGCAGCUCAAGGAAGAACAUUUAUGAUCAUUUCUUUAUAAUUUCCUUGAAGUAAUACUCAACAUGUUAUGCAUUUUGCACUGCAGACACGGUAGUUCUUUUGCCUUAGCGUCUCGGUCUGAUUGCAUUUCCAUGAAGAAAUGAUCAUAAAUGUUCUUCCUUGAGCUGCGUCACCCCGCUGCAGUCUGUAAUGGACUGGCCUCAGGUCUCGCUACAAACAAACGGCUGCUGGAAGAGAGUAGGUAAGUUGUAUUUGGUCUCUUUGCUAAAGAAAUUAGGAAAAUUUAAAAGGAUGUUUGGUGGCUAGUACUAUGGCUGGGGCACUAUAUGUACUGUUGAUGAAGUUAGGUGCUGUUCUGAGCAAUAUUCGUGGCUAUAGAGUGGCUUUUUGGUUGAGGUUGUUUAUGGCUCCUUAGACCACUGUGUAUUGCUAUUGUGCGGUCUUCGCUAAAGUUGGUAUAACUAGAGAAGCAAUCAGUCGGCAACAUUCAUCUCUCGAGGGGGUGUCUAACUUGGUGUUACGAUGUGUUUGACUCUCAAUUAAUUUUACACCGGAAUAUCCCUUUAAGUCUACAGAAAGCUGUGUGGUGACACAAGAACAUAAACCUUCCAACAUUUUCUAUGUGAAUAGAGGCUUGAAUUAGCUUGAUGAUAGUCAGUGGACUACAAGUCAACUAAUUUCCACCUAUUUAGUAGAUGAUCAGCAUUUCCCAAUCAAAUAUACAUGCAUAAAUUUACUGCUUUUCUUUGUCAUGAUUGGGUCUUUGGGUUUCAGACUGUUGGAUGGAUACAAUGAAAUAAUCAAAGGCAUUGAUUUAUGGUCAAAUUGUUAUGAUUUUGAUUUCAGCUGUUUGAUGAUUUAGAGUCUUAAUGCUGUUGCAGCCCUGUUCCAGUAUCAUAAAAUAAACAAUUGUGUAGCCUCUGGUCAAAAUGGCUGUCUGAGAAGCAGGUGUUAAUUGGAGACAAAAGUUAUUUGCUGAAAUUAUUAAACUGGUUUGACGGGUGAACUGCACUUUGUUGUAUCAGUUUCGUUUUGUUGAACUUAAAAAUAUAUCCAGUUAUUCAAUCACUGCAAACACAGAGCUUUAAUUUUGUUUGAGUUUUACUGUUAUCACUUUGGAUUAGUUUUCUUUAUACAGCUAUGCACAUUAUGUUACGCUCUGCUUACCAUCAAUCACUUGAUGCCUGCAGGCUGAGAGUGCUGCAUGAAAACAAUCACAAUAAUACCAACAAGAAAUCAAAUUAAACAGAUGUGCAAAGUAUAAUGAUUGGAGAAACUAAAUUAAAUGUCUGCGGAACGACUUGAAGUGGAAAUGACAUUGUUCUCUCUUUGAGAAGUGGCAAACAAAGUUAUUUGGAGGAAACAAAGGGUGAUGAAUCACUAUGCAAAUAUGAGUAAAUGCUCUGUCAGUAAAAGUUUAAUCGCCUUUUUACAGUUCACGUGUCUAGCAGCAGUCAGGAAUUGCAGGACUUUGAAUCAUAUAUACAGAGUGUCAUACUCAUGCCUUUGCUCUGUUUUUCUGUCCUUCUACACAGAUGAAGAGGUCCAUCAGUCACCCUGGAACAUACAGCCUCGACAGGUGAGCGUCCCCUGUGAGUCAGUGUUGUGUGUGUCUGAGCCCAUGUGCAUCAAUUUCACCUGCUAUUGUAUUUAAAAUGGGCUAUGUGAAUAGUAGUUUUCCUGCCUCAAUGACGUUUCCUGCCACUGCUUUAUUUUAGUGGCAGAGUUGCCCAAAGUGGUCAACAAAACGGAAACUAAAACAAUAUACAGCUGCCUGCAAAAAUCCAGUAGACACGAUGAUGACAGAGUAAAAUGUGUAAAACAUAAACAGUAUGAACAGUAAAUGUGAUGCAGGACUAGACGCCUACAUUACCAGUUGUAGUAUUAAUGUAGGACACCAGGGGGCAGCAUUGUAAUUAUUCAAGUCUUCCACAGCUCACUGGACUUUGAAUGAGUCUUAACAAAUGAGAUCACAGUGCUGAAAAAAUAACAAAGGAUGACUUGUCCUCCAGUCAUUGAAAACACUUGAUGUCAAAGAUGAGGGAUUAGAUUCACAGUCUUGAUCUGUUAUCAAGGUGAAUGUAAUAUUGUUCACAAAACAGCAGACAUUUCUUCAAAGGUACACCACUUUUCCAUAUCUGGUGAAUAUGCGGGUAACUUUCUCUCCAACAUAAUAUGUUGUCUCUAUCAACGACUGCUUCAUGUUAAAGGGAGUCAUUAAAGGCAGACAGGAAGCUACUUGAUAUGUGUCGACAACUCAAUUUGUUCCUCAUAACAUGAAGGUUAUUUUUGUGGUUUAAACAUGUCUGGUUCCAGUGAGUUUAUAUAGUGAAGCACUGUGCGGCGCCUGUUCUUUAAAGGACAUAAACAUUCCCUUUAAAACAAUAAACAUCACUGACUUAUUUGUUACUGUUCUUUCCUCUCUGAGAGUGAGGAGACAUGUCCACUUUAUUUUUCUUUUGACCAGUUUUUUAUGUUAGCUGAGGGAUGGUGACAAAGCCCUGAUAGUAACAUCUCUAUUGAUAUUUGCAACAAACCGUCAUCUGUAAAAAGUUUAUUUGAGGAUAAGGAUGAAAAGCUUCUUUUAUUUUACCCUUGAGAGUUCAGCAUUGCAAAUACCUCCAAACUUGAUUAGAUACGCUCUCUAUCAGAAUCAGAAUUACUAUUACUUUAAUGUUCUCAAAAAGGGAAAUUAUGGUGUUACAGCAGAUCUUUUUCUAGUGAGCCAAAACAGUAUAGGAAUUUGAGAAAAGAUACAUAUCAAGAAAUUACUUUAAUAAGAAUUUUAGCAGUAUAUACAUCACACACUUUCCCUUAACUGUAUUUCCAUUCAAUACAGAAUUUAACAAUUAUUAGGCUUAUAAUACUAUAAUAUAAGGAGGAUUGCCAACUUCUUACUUUAAACAUUUGACUAUCUUAUCCAAACCUAAAUCAAACAUUAUCAAAUGCAAUAGUCUGUACAUUUGAGAAUGCAUACAGUGUCUUUAAAAGCAGGAAGAUGUAAUAGAGAAAUAAAUCAAACAAAUGACUGAGGUCAGUCAGUACACCUUUGAUCAAAUACUGUAAAUGUGCUUCAAAACUCAUAAAGUGCUCUUGUUUGUGAUCUUUUUGCCCUCCACAGGUCAGGUGUACCAAAGGAGUACUUGAGUGGAGGUCAGAGGUCAACCCAACGCAGGAACCGGACAUGCUCCGACAGCUCGGUUUAUGAUUCUGAACGUAAGACACACAAAUGUUAAAACAGUGAAGACAAUAAGAAUACUUUACAGGUGUACAAAAGUGCAUGUUUCAUACAUAUGCUGUGUAUAACCAGGAGGGCACAGUCUACAUAAUUGCCCUCAUUUAUCAAGCUUUAUCAAAUUUUGACAUGAGGAUCGGCAUUUAUCAAUCUACACGUGAGCGUAAGCUACGACCAAAUCUCACGACAGGUCUGACAUCGUGUACGCAAGUUUGAGUCAGUGUGGAUCUGCAAUGCAGCAAAUGUCUGUCUCAAAAUCAUUGAUAAACAAACCUCAAACCUGUCACUAAGCACAAUCAGCCAAAUUUCAUUGAAGAUUAAGACAUAAAUAAAAUAAAAUAAAAUAAAAUAAAUUUGAAAUAAAAAAAAUAAAAAAAGUCCUUGGUGAAUAGGCCUAUUUAAUAACUCUGCCCAGAAACACUACCACAGAGCAGGAGCGCCGUUUCAACAUUACGCACACGCUCCACUGUGGAGCGCUGUGUUUGACUCCUAAAAGGCAGGUGUCUUUGUCUUGGUUCAGCAGUGGGGACGUUGUUGAACACUCCUGAAAGGGUGUGGGACAUCAUUUGAGCCAGUACAGUUUUGCACAAUGUUACACUGGUGAAUAGAGUGCCGUUAGCUGUGCUGGUGCAAUAUGAGGACCCGAUGCCCGGAGAACAAUAACAAGGAAAGACUCCACAAUGGUGCUGUACAGAGGAGACAGGACCUUAUCUAUGGAUUCUGAUGUAAAGAAUAAGUUUAGAAAGUGCUCUUGCUAUUUAAUCAGUGAUAAAAAUCCAAUAGAAAUCCAUAAAAAUGUGCCUCAGGGGCAGCAACACAUCGUUUCACAUCUUUGUAAUAUUUCUCCUCUUUCAUGUUUGACCUCAGUGGGCAAGGCUUCUGAACCACGAAUAUUUAAGGGCGUAAACAUGUUAAUGACGAUCGAUUUCAGCCGCCGCAUUUAUCAAGAUCCGAUCAUACGUACGCUGGGAUUGGUCCUAUCGUAUUAUGAAUCCCGCGCUCAGAUCUGCGCAAGAUUGAUAAAUGAGGGCCAAUAUGUAGUUUUACUCUCAAUACUCUGAAUACAUGGAUUAAUUUAUUCAUUUUUCAUUGAGAAUGCCUCACUCCUGCAGGAGCAACGCACUGAAGACCCCGUUUCCCAGUUUCAAGACACUCUGGAGACAGAAAGAAAAAACAAGUCUUGUGACUGGGUGAAAGAAUGAAGUUUGUCGCUCCCACCAUAAAAUUAAUUAAAUAAAAGGGAGGCAAGUUAAGAAUUGAUUUAUAAAUGGGGACAUGCCAGUUAUUUAGUCUAAGAGGAGACGAUGCAGGCCAGCCAAUUUGAGCAUACAAAGAGCAAAGAUGAGUUAGAGACUUAUGAUUUGUAAUAAAUCGCAGAGCUCCGUGGUAAACAGUGUCCAGAGAGUGAAGGCUUUUUCACGAUGCAUGCAUUUAUAAAACCUCACCAUAAUCAAUAAGAAGCAUAAAAGUAGCAGCAACAAGUCUUUUCUUUGCAGCAAAAUAAACAUAUGAUUUGUUUGUGUGUGGCUGUAUGAGAAGUUCAAAUGACAGAAUCACUGAUCAAGAUGCCGAGGUAUGAAAUAAAAAGAUACAGAGUGACUAACAUCACCCUGAGGUGUAGGGGUAUGUAGCAGGUUCAACACCAUGAGUGUUGUUCUAUCAUGAUUCAAGAUCAGUUUCCUCUCUUGAAGGGUCUCCUGUACAGGAUCAAAAGCACAUUGUGAUGGAGAACCUGAUACUGUUUUAAGUGGAGCACGAAGUAACAGUAUCAUUCUCACACAACACUUAUGUUAUGACCAUAGACUGUAUAUAGAAUGGAUGUUAUCUGCCUCCUUGCUGGGUGAAGCCACCCCAAGAACAGCACCCUCUGGUGACGGGCUGCAGUAUAGGUCAUAACUCCCGCCUCUUCCAGCAAUCCCUAUGGCGCUGUGGACAAACUUUAGAAAUUAAUUACACAGAAUAUACAUUUUUCUCCCCCCUUGUUGCGAUGUUGACAUGUAGUUACAGUAAGACUGGUUUGUGCUCAAGUUCUCUUUUUUCUUUGCAGCUCCAUUUUUAAAAGUUAUGAGGGGGUUCAUGUUUUCCAUGAUUGACACUUGAUACAACCUAUGGGCGUAAGAAGAUUGCGUAGCUCACCUGGGUGGAUACGCUGUUUGAGCCGAGCGUCAUCACAGUGACUCUCCCUCUGAAUGCGUACAACGCUACUGCGCAAUAUUGGUUUUAGGAAGUUGGAAAAAACCCAGAAUUACUGAGAGCUUUUUGGCUUCAAAUCUGUAUACUUGUGGAAGGCGGAACCAAGUUGUCCAUAGUAUAUACAGUCUAUGGUAUUGACCAAUACUAGCAGUAUAAUUGUAAAUAACACUGGUCUCAAGACAGAGCCCUGGGGUGUCCCAGUUAUCAUUUCAAAAGAUCUUGAGACGUUCAGCCUGCAUACACUGUUAAAAGUUUGAUCAUGUUGAUCAAUGAGUUUAGUUAAACUACUGAUAAACAUGAUCCUUUCCAAAAAUCAACAUUUAAGGUUGUGACAAUGUACAUGAACUUCAGGGCUGUCUAGACUAUUGUAUAAUUGCGGUGUGGUCUGGGCUAAAGUGGGGGUUCUGGUAUACUACUGGAGUAUUUUAGCAAUCAGCAUUGGGUAAAGGAUCUUAAUACUUCUGUCGUUGAUUGUAACUCUGGAUUGGCACAUCCCCGCUUCCACACCUUCACUAAAUCUUCCUACUUCUAUGAUGUGUUCUAAAUCACAACUGACCAGCCAAAUGUCAUUGGUGUGACUGCUUUUUUUAUGUGUGCCUCAGGUGUACUGCCAGGACUCAACGGGGACUCGUCUUCGAUUCCUGAAGAGAGAGGAGGGAGCAGUGUGAGCCCAAAGACCACACCCACUGACACAGACACGGACCUGUCUAUCUGA